CGGGCUGUGUGGAGGCUUCAGACUCCCGGCGCCAUUUAGCGCGGAGACUUUCUCCGGCGGACGCGGCUCUUCACACUUGGCCACUCCGCACCCCCAUCUUCCGUGACAGAAGGCGCCUGGUGGGGGUGACUACUCUUUUCUCUCCUUAUCCCCUUUCACUCAGUCCUCUCGGUCUCCUCUACUCUCGGCCCAGAGAAGCAGCGGAGCUCGGGCCCCGUGGUGAGCGGCCCUCCCCUCCCCACUGUUCCCUCCCUCCGUCAGCCCCCGGCACCGGCCCGGGAGGAGACGAGGGUUUGCCAGGCCCGGGGCGGGCGGGGAGGCCUCGGGGAAGGGGGGGCCGCUCCUCAGGCACCGAGGCUUCGAGGCUUUGGCCCUUCCCUUCUGGAGACGAUGGGCGUCCUGUGAGACUGGUCCCCCUCGUUGGGGGCGCGUGUAGGAGGAGGCGACUGACUGACCCGGAGAGCUCGGAUCCCGGCCUUCCCCCGCCCCUCCCACUCUCUUUUGCCCUGGAGCUGCCACCGCCGGGGAGGUUGUGCUCGUCCCUUCGUCGCUCUGCCGCCGCCCUCAGGGCCUAGCCCGCCCAGCUCGGAAGCGGCGGCGGCGGUGGGAGCUGGAGCCGUCGCCGCAUCUGCCGCAUCCGCUUCGACUCGGUGCCGGCUCUUUGCCCUGCCCCUCAUGACUGCGGCGCCUCUGCUGCUACAGCUUUCCUGGCCGCCCCUCGCCGCAGGAUGGAUGCGGACCGUGAGGCGCUAACCCUCGUGGCUCAACUCCUGAAUCGCCCGCCGACGAGCCCGCCUUGUGAGCCGCAGCAGCCUCGGUGUCAGCAGCCGCCGCAACUGGGCCCAGAGUCCCGCUUCUCCUCCGGGGCGGCUUGUCAGUGCUGAGUGAGGAGCCGUCCGGGUCGGUCCGAACCCUCCGGGAGGAGGAGCCAGAGGAGCCGGGCCCUGCAGACCUUCGCCGCUCCUCCGGGUCGGCCCUUCAGCCUCCUUUUCAUUCACAAAUUCGAGCCCGCUCCAGUGGAUCCACCAUGUCUGGCGGCGCCGCAGACAAGCAGAGCAGUACUCCGAGCUCCCUGUUCCUCUCGCCGCCGGCGCCUGCCCCCAAGAAUGGCUCCAGCUCUGAUUCCUCCGUCGGGGAGAAACUGGGCGCUGCGGGCACCGACGCUGGCGCUGGCAGGACUGAGGAAUAUCGGCGUCGCCGCCACACUAUGGACAAGGACAGCCGUGGGGCGGCGGCGACCACCACCACCACCGAGCACCGCUUCUUCCGCCGGAGCGUCAUCUGCGACUCCAAUGCCACGGCGUUGGAACUGCCUGGCCUCCCGCUCUCUGUUGCCCAGCCCAGCGUCUCCGCCGUUGUUCCGCAGAGUGCUCCACCAGAGCCCCCCCGGGAGGAGACCUUGAUCACCGCCGUUGCUUCCCAGGUCGCCCAGCAGCCUCCAGCUGCGGCUGCCCCCGGGGGGCCAGUCGUCCCAGGCCCCGCCGCCGCUACUGCCCCCGGCACGACGAGCAAAGACCGCCCGGCCUCCCAGCCCAGCCAUGUGGGGAGCAAAGAGGAGCCUGCGUCAGGGAGAAGUGGCAGCGGCGGCGGCGGCGGCAGCGCCCGGGAACCGCCGGAGGAGCGCAGCCAACAGCAGGAUGAUAUCGAAGAGCUGGAGACCAAGGCCGUGGGGAUGUCCAAUGAUGGCCGCUUUCUGAAGUUUGACAUCGAAAUUGGCAGAGGCUCCUUUAAGACUGUCUACAAAGGUCUGGACACUGAAACCACUGUGGAAGUCGCCUGGUGUGAACUGCAGGAUCGAAAGUUAACAAAGUCUGAGAGGCAGAGAUUUAAAGAAGAGGCUGAAAUGUUAAAGGGUCUUCAGCAUCCAAAUAUUGUCCGAUUCUAUGAUUCUUGGGAAUCUACAGUAAAAGGAAAGAAGUGCAUUGUUUUGGUGACUGAACUUAUGACAUCGGGAACACUUAAAACGUACUUGAAAAGAUUUAAAGUGAUGAAGAUCAAAGUCCUAAGAAGUUGGUGCCGUCAGAUCCUUAAAGGACUUCAGUUUCUUCAUACUCGAACACCACCUAUUAUUCACCGGGAUCUUAAGUGUGACAACAUAUUUAUCACCGGCCCUACAGGCUCAGUCAAGAUUGGAGACCUAGGUCUGGCAACCUUGAAGCGGGCUUCUUUUGCCAAGAGUGUGAUAGGUACCCCAGAGUUCAUGGCUCCCGAGAUGUAUGAGGAGAAAUAUGAUGAAUCCGUUGACGUAUAUGCUUUUGGGAUGUGCAUGCUUGAGAUGGCCACGUCUGAAUACCCUUACUCAGAGUGCCAAAAUGCUGCGCAGAUCUACCGUCGAGUGACCAGUGGGGUAAAGCCUGCUAGUUUUGACAAAGUAGCGAUUCCUGAAGUGAAAGAAAUUAUAGAAGGAUGCAUUCGGCAAAACAAAGAUGAAAGAUAUUCAAUCAAAGACCUUUUGAACCAUGCCUUCUUCCAGGAGGAAACAGGGGUACGGGUAGAAUUAGCAGAAGAAGAUGAUGGAGAAAAGAUAGCCAUUAAACUAUGGCUACGUAUCGAAGACACUAAGAAAUUAAAGGGAAAAUACAAAGAUAACGAAGCUAUUGAGUUUUCCUUUGACUUGGAGAGAGAUGUGCCAGAAGAUGUUGCUCAAGAAAUGGUGGAGUCUGGAUAUGUCUGUGAAGGCGAUCACAAGACCAUGGCUAAGGCCAUCAAAGACAGAGUGUCACUAAUCAAGAGAAAACGAGAACAGCGACAGUUGGUGAGGCAGGAGCAAGAAAAAAGAAAACAGGAAGAGAGCAGUCUCAAACAACAGGUAGAACAACAAUCAAGUGCUUCCCAAGUAGGAGUCAAGCAACUCCCUUCUACUGCUAGCACCGGCAUACCUACUGCCUCUACCACUUCAGCUUCAGUUUCUACACAAGUAGAACCUGAAGAACCUGAGGCAGAUCAACAUCAACAACUACAAUACCAGCAACCUAGUAUAUCUGUGUUAUCUGAUGGGACAGUUGACAGUGGCCAGGGAUCUUCUGUCUUCACAGAAUCCCGAGUGAGCAGCCAGCAGACAGUUUCAUAUGGUUCCCAACACGAACAGGCACAUUCUACAGGCACGGUCCCAGGGCAUACAGCUUCUGUUGUCCAAGCACAAUCUCAACCUCAUGGGGUAUAUCCACCCUCAAGUGUGCCUCAGUCCAUGGUGCAUCCGUGUGGGGGGACCCCAACACACCCAGAAUCACAGAUAUUUUUCCCAACUAUUCAUGAGCGUCCAGUUUCUUUUUCACCACCUCCUACCUGUCCACCGAAGGUAGCCAUUUCCCAGCGGCGUAAGAGCACCUCCUUCCUGGAAGCCCAAACUCGCAACUUCCAACCCCUGCUGAGGACUGUUGGCCAAAAUCUUCUUCCACUUGGUGGCAGCCCAACUAACUGGACACCAGAGACAGUAGUUUUGUGGGGUACGACAGCCAAUAGAAUAACUGGAGAGCCAUGUGAGAUACAGGUUCCUCCUGUGUUUGAACCAACUCAAGUUUACAGUGACUAUAGAUCUGGACUAAUACCCCCAGAAGAAGCUCAUUAUUUUAUUCCUCAGGAAGCAGUGUAUCUAGCUGGGGUACAUUACCAGGCCCAGGUGGCAGAACAGUAUGAUGGUAUUGCGUACAACUCACCAGUACUGUCAAGUCCUAUGAAGCAGAUACCUGAACAGAAGGCAGUACCAGGGGGCCCUCCUUCAACUUCUGUCUUUGAAUUUCCAUCUGGACAGGCUUUCCUGGUAGGACACCUGCAGAAUUUAAGAUUAGAUUCUGGAGUGAGUCCAGGAUCUCCCCUCUCUAGUAUUUCUGCACCUAUCAGUACAGAUGCUACACGUUUGAAAUUUCACCCUGUCUUUGUUCCUCAUUCUGCACCUGCUGUGUUAACUCAUAACAAUGAGGGCAGAAGCAAUUGUGUGUUUGAGUUUCAUGUUCACACACCAAGCUCCUCUUCAGGAGAAGGAGAUGGAGUUGUACCUCAGCGUGCUUACCGAACGCGGCAGGUCGCAGUGGACCUGAAUCAGGAAGAGCUACCUCCUCAAUCAGUUGGAUUACAUGGCCGCCUGCAGCCCGUGACUGAAGAACAGUAUAAUUACUGUGCCCCAGAACUGACCGUUUCUGUGGUAGAGCCUAUCGGACAGAACUGGCCAGUAGGAAGCCCAGAAUAUUCCAGUGAUUCCUCACAAAUUACUUCUUCAGACCCCAGUGAUUUUCAAUCACCUCCCCCUACAGGGGGAACAGCUGCAUCUUUUGGCUCUGAUGUGUCAUUACCCUUUAUCCAUCUGCCUCAGACAAUGUUACAAGAAUCCCCACUUUUCUUCUGUUUUCCCCAAGGAACCACAUCUCAGCAGGUCUUAGCUGCUUCAUUUCCUGCAGGAGGAUCUGCACUCCAUCCACAGGCACAGGGACAGAGCCAGGGUCAGCCAGCCUCAAGUAGCUUAACAGGGAUUCCAUCUUCCCAACCCAUACAACAUCCUCAGCAGCCACAGGGAAUACAGCAGACAGGCCCUCCUCAGCAGAUAGUGCAGUAUUCACUUCCACAGGCAUCAGCCUCCAGUGAGGCCACUACUACACAGCCAACGAGUCAACCUCAGGCUCCACAGGUCUUGCCUCAGGUGUCAGCUGGAAAACAGCUUCCAGUUUCCCAGCCAGUACCAACUAUCCAAGGGGAACCUCAGAUCCCAGUUGCGACACAACCCUCAGUUGUUCCAGCCCAUUCUGCUACUCAUUUCCUCCCUAUGGGACAGCCACUCCCUACUUCCUUACUCCCGCAGUACCCUGGCUCUCAAAUUCCCAUAUCAACUCCUCAUGCAUCUACAGCUCAGACAGGUUUCUCAUCCCUUCCCAUCACCAUGGCAGCUGGCAUUAAUCAGCCUCUGCUCACCUUGGCUUCAUCUGCUACAGCAGCUGCAAUCCCAGGGGGAUCAACUGUGGUUCCUAGUCAACUUCCAACCCUUCUGCAGCCUGUGACUCAGCUGCCAAGUCAGGUUCACCCACAGCUCCUGCAACCAGCAGUUCAGUCCAUGGGAAUACCAGCUAACCUUGGACAAGCUGCUGAGGUUCCUCUUCCCUCUGGAGAUGUUCUGUACCAGGGCUUCCCAUCUCGACUGCCACCACAAUACCCAGGAGAUGCAAAUAUUGCUCCCUCUUCCAGCGUGGUUUCUGUUUGCAUCCCUUCUACAGUCCUAUCCCCUCCCAUGCCCACAGAAGCGUUGGCUACACCAGGUUACUUUCCUACAGUGGUGCAGCCUUAUGUGGAAUCAAAUAUUUUGGUUCCUAUGGGAGGUAUAGGAGGACAGGUUCAAAUGCCCCAACCAGCAGUGAGUUUAGCACAACAAGCCCCCUCUGCAUCCUCCCAGCAAGCAGUUCUGGAGAGCACCCAUGGAGUCUCUCAGGUUGCUCCUCCAGAGCCAGUUCCAACAGCACAGCCACAACCUACCCAGCCUACCACAUUGGUCUCUUCUAUAGACAGUGCACAUUCAGAUGUUGCUUCAGGUAUGAGUGAUGGCAACGAGAAUGUCCCAUCUUCCAGUGGAAGGCAUGAAGGGAGAACUACAAAACGGCAUUAUCGAAAAUCAGUAAGAAGUCGCUCUCGUCAUGAGAAAACUUCCCGCCCAAAACUGAGAAUUUUGAAUGUUUCUAAUAAAGGAGACCGGGUAGUAGAAUGUCAGUUAGAGACUCACAAUCGAAAAAUGGUUACAUUCAGAUUUGACCUAGAUGGUGACAAUCCUGAGGAGAUAGCAGCAAUUAUGGUGAACAAUGAUUUUAUUCUAGCAAUAGAAAGAGAGUCAUUCGUGGAUCAAGUGCGGGAAAUUAUUGAAAAAGCUGAUGAAAUGCUCAGUGAGGAUGUCAGUGUGGAGCCAGAAGGUGACCAGGGACUGGAGAGUCUACAGGGAAAGGAUGACUAUGGCUUUUCAGGUUCUCAGAAAUUGGAAGGACAGUUCAAACAACCAGCUCCUGCAUCGUCCAUGCCACAGCAAAUAGGCAUUCCUACUAGUUCUUUAACUCAAGUUGUUCAUUCUGCUGGAAGACGAUUUAUAGUGAGUCCUGUGCCAGAAAGUCGAUUACGAGAAUCAAAACUUUUCACCAGUGAAAUCUCAGAUACAGUUGCCACCACUGCAUCUUAUGGCCCUGAAAUGAACUUGUCACACUCUGCUUCAUCUCUUAGUCUACAACAAGCCUUUUCUAAACUUAAACAUGCCCAAAUGACAGAAGGACCCAGUACAGCACCUCCAAACUUUAGUCAUACAGGACCAGUAUUUCCAGUAGUACCUCCUCCCAUGAGUACCAUUGCCGGAGUCCCAGCCACAGGAGCAGCCACACCAUCAGUAUCAGUCCCUGCAACUAACAUCCCUCUUACUGACAUACCCACAUCGGUAAUUCAGUCUGAGGUUACAGUGCCCACUGAAAAAGGGAUUAGUGGGGUUGUAAUAACUUCAAGUGGUCUCCCUAUACCAUCUGUAUCUGAGCCACCAAUACUUACCGGUGUGGUUUCAAGCGUCACAGUACCUACAGUCGUCUCAAUAUCUACAACAUCCCAGUCAGUUCUGACCCCCACAUGCGUGAGCAUUGUUUCUACUACAGGCACUCUCCCAUCUAUAACAGUUUCCACAACUUCAACCUCUGCAGUGGGUAGCACUGCUGUCCCAGGUGCUAAGCCUCCAACUGUAUUAUCUCAGCAGGCUGCAGGCAGUACUACUGGAGUAGCCACUUUAACAUCAGUUUCUGCCACCACUCCUUUCCCAAUCAUAGCUUCACAGCCAUCCCUUCAGCUUAGCAGUAGCAGCUCUGCUCCUACUCUAGCUGAAACAGUGGUGGUUAGUGCACACCCACUAGAUAAAACAUCCCAUAGCAGUGCAACUGGGUUGGCUUUGUCCCUCUCUACACCAUCCUCCUCUUCCUCCCCUGGAGCAGGAGUGUCUAGUUCUGUUACUCAGCCUGGUGGGGUACAUCCUUUGGUCAUCCCAUCGGCUAUAGUUUCUACUCCUGUCCUUCCCCAAGCAGCAGGGCCUAUUUCUACACCCUUAUUACCCCAAGCACCUAGUAUCCCACCCUUGGUACAACCUGUUGCUAGUAUGCCUGCCGUACAGCAGACACUAAUUCAUAGUCAGCCUCAACCAGCUUUGCUUCCCAGUCAGCCGCAUGCUCACUGUCCUGAAAUAGAUGCUGAUACACAACCCAAAGCUGGGAUUGAUGACAUAAAGACUCUAGAGGAAAAGCUGCGAUCUCUCUUUAGUGAACACAGUUCAUCUGGAACUCAACAUGCCUCUGCCUCACUAGAGACAUCACUAGCAGUAGAGACCACUGUCAUGCCAGGCAUCCCAACCACUGCUGUUGCACCAAGCAAACUCGUGACUUCCACAACAAGUAGUUGCUUACCGCCAACCAGUUUGCCAUUAGGAACAGCUGGUUUGUCAGUGGUCACACUUGGGCAAGUUUCUACCCCAGUCAGCACUAUAUCAGGAGUGAAACCUGGAACUGCUCCCUCAAAACCACCUUUAACUAAGGCUCCGGUGCUGCCAGUGGGUACUGAACUUGCAGCUGGUGCUCCACCCAGUGAACAGCUGCCACCCCUUCCCGGACCUUCACUAACUCAGUCCCAGCAACCUCUGGAAGAUCUUGAUGCUCAGUUGAGGCGAGCACUUAGUCCAGAGACUAUUGCAGUGACAUCUGCAGUUGGUCCUGUGUCCGUGGUGGCUCCAACAGCAGUUACGGAAGCAGGAGCACAUCCUCAGAAGGAUGCUUCUCAAGUCACGGAAGGCCCUGUCCUAGCAACUAGCUCAGGAGCCGGUGUUUUUAAGAUGGGACGAUUUCAGGUUUCAAUUGCAACGGAUGAUGUCCAGAAAGAAGGUAAAAUUAAGUCAGAAGAUGCAAAGUCUGUUCAUUUUGAAUCCAGCACUUCAGAGUCCUCAGCGCUAUCAAGUAGUAGUCCAGAGAGUACCCUGGUGAAGCCCGAGCCUAAUGGAGUAACUCUCCAUGUGCCAGACAGUGCCCACAAAACCCCUGCCUCAGAGGCAAAGUCAGAAACUGGGCAGCCUACCAAGGUUGGACGUUUUCAGGUAACAACUACAACAAGCAAAGUGGGUCGUUUCUCUGUAUCAAGAACUGAUGACAAGAUCACUAUGGCAGAGAAAGAGGGGUCAGUGGCAUCUUCUCCUUUUACGGAUUUGGAACAAGCUGUUCUUCCUGCUGUGAUACCAAAGAAAGAGAAGCCUGAACUAUCAGAGCCUUCACAUCUGAAUGGGCCAUCUUCUGACCUGGAGGCUGCCUUCCUAAGUAGGGAUGCGGAUGACGGUUCCGGGAGUCCUCACUCCCCCCAUCAACUGUGCUCAAAAAGCCUUCCUAUCCAGAAUCUAAGUCAGAGCCUUAGUAAUUCAUUCAACUCCUCUUACAUGAGCAGUGACAAUGAGUCAGAUAUUGAAGAUGAAGACUUAAAGUUAGAGCUGCGACGGCUACGAGAAAAACAUCUUAAAGAGAUUCAAGACCUGCAGAGUCGCCAGAAGCAUGAAAUUGAAUCUUUGUAUACCAAACUGGGCAAGGUUCCCCCUGCUGUCAUUAUUCCUCCAGCUGCUCCCCUUUCAGGGAGAAGAAGGCGACCCACUAAAAGCAAAGGCAGUAAAUCUAGUCGCAGCAGUUCCUUGGGAAAUAAAAGCCCCCAGCUUUCAGGUAACCUGUCUGCUCAGAGUGCAGCUUCAGUCUUGCACCCCCAGCAGAGCCUCCACCCUCCUGGCAGUAUCCCAGAGACUGGGCAGAAUCAGCUGUUACAGCCGCUUAAGCCAUCUCCUUCCAGUGACAACCUCUGUUCAGCCUUCACCAGUGAUGGUGCCAUUUCAGUACCAAGCCUUUCUGUUCCAGGUCAAGGGACCAGCAGUACAAACACUGUCGGGGCAACAGUAAACAGCCAAGCCCCUCAAGCUCAGCCUCCUGCCAUGACGUCAUCUAGCAGGAAGGGCACAUUCACAGAUGACCUUCACAAGUUGGUAGACAACUGGGCCCGAGAUGCCAUGAAUCUUUCAGGCAGGAGAGGGAGCAAAGGACACAUGAAUUAUGAGGGCCCUGGAAUGGCAAGGAAGUUCUCUGCACCUGGUCAGCUGUGCAUCUCCAUGACCUCAAACCUGGGUGGCUCUGCCCCCAUCUCUGCAGCAUCAGCUACCUCUCUAGGUCACUUCACCAAGUCUAUGUGCCCCCCACAACAGUACGGUUUUCCAGCUGCCCCCUUUGGCACCCAGUGGAGUGGGACCGGUGGUCCAGCACCACAGCCACUUGGCCAGUUCCAACCUGUUGGAACUGCCUCCUUACAGAAUUUCAACAUCAGCAAUUUGCAGAAAUCCAUCAGCAACCCCCCAGGUUCCAACCUGCGGACCACUUAGACCAAGAGACAUGAGAAAUUUGGGGGCAGGAGAUGGAAUACUGGGAGUGCGGGGGUGGGAAAGUAGCCUAUAUACUAACUACUAGUGCUGCAUUUAACUGGUUAUUUCUUGCCAGACGGGAAUGUUUUUAAUAACAGCUUUGAGCCCUCAGAAUAGAGAAUCUCCCUCCCCCCUUCACCAUUUAUUGCGGUGGGACGGGAAGGAAAGAGCAGCUUUCUUGUGAUGGGGCAGCUUCAAAUUAUGCUUUCCUGUUUCUUGUACUCAACAUUGAGGGCUAGGAAAGAGGAUCAUAUAUAUCAGGAAGCUAUUAUUAGAGAGCUCAGUGUAAAACCAGGCCCCAUCUGUAUUUUCACAUCACUGGAGCUCUUAAUUUUGGUACCACCCCAAAUCCCUUACUCCUUUGAGAAUCCAGACGACAAGGCAAAAAAACUAUUGGGCUCUCUCCUACCCUUCCUCCCUCUUUUUUUUUUUUUUUAACUGUUUGGAACCCAGUGAAAAACACCAGGGGACUGGGGUUGCCACCCUUUCUUAAGAUAGGUCAUUAGUGCUUUAAGCAAAAGAUACUAGCAGCUUUGACUGCAGCAUCAGCAAUUAGGAAAAAAAAGAUUAAGUUCCCUGCGGACAUGUAACUUCGCCAUCAGUUUUGAUGUGGAAACACUGUGAUAUAUAAAUGUUGUUGGACAACAGUAGUUUUAAGAGUAAAAUAUGAAAGAUUUAAAAAGUUCAAAAAAAGCUAGCUCUGUCCUUUACUUAUUGAGACACUUUAAUUAACUUUUUCCUUUGUAUUUCCAUUGUAUUAGAUAAAUAAAUGUGAAUGUAAAAUUGUAUAAAUUACUGUACUUGAAUAUUUCUGUUCUCCCAGUAUUGCUUGCUGGAUAUUUUAGUGCCUUGGACUUCUACUGCUUCUGCCAUUCGCAUCAAUUUCUCAAAGACCCCAGAUCAGCAGAGGGCAUGUGGAAGGAAAUCUUAGGUCCAUGUGACCCCAGCAGUGGAUAUGCCAAAGGGAAAUUGAGAGUUUGUUUUUUUUUUUUUAAGUCAUUCAACAAUUUUGUCUUGAGCAGGUGUAAGAUGAGCAGGAUGAGGAGUUAAGUUGGCAUCAGUGGUUGAAAGCAGAAAGUUCUAUUUUGGGAACAGUGAGGACAGGUGUUAAAAUGGGCAGUUUUAACAGAUAAAGGUGGUGUGUGCUAAGUGAAAGAAAAAGAAAGACUAGAGAAUGGGGGAACAAACUAGUUUCGAAGAUACAUGAUGCCUGGCCAAUGAUCGCCGUACGCCUCACUUAUUUGAGCUGGGCUUGAACAGAUGAGAGAGACCUAGAAGAAAUGACUGAAUAUGAAGGGGGGUGGGCUGGUUUUUAAGUUGAGAAAUGUGAUAGUGAAAAGUCAUAGAUGGAGAAAGUUGCUCUAAGAAAAACUGUUUGGAUUGCUUUCCUGUUGUUGCACGUGUACCAUGCAUUUCUCAGCUUGGGGUACUAUCUUCUGUGGAAAGUAGACCCACAUCUGAAUUAAGAAUUGUAGGAAAGACUGCUUAUUCCUACCCAUUUACUAUAUGAUGCCCAAAUGGUUGCAGUUUUAUCACCUAUUGUGCCACCUUUAAUAUUUCCAGAAUUGCAACCGAUAGUCUCACAUUUUCAUAUAAAUAUUUCCCUUAAUAUAACUGCAACCAACCAGUAUUAUUUAGUGCUAUGCCUAAUGAUGGACAGUUCUGUUAUUUACAAAGCUUUCAGGAAAUACUCUCCUAAUUGGCUAUGUUUGGGAUCUUUAUUGUCUCUGAAGAUGGGGAAAGAAGCUAGGACUCUUAAUUUUGGGGGUGCUUCUUCUCUUGACUUAGUUGGGAAAUUGACAUAUUUCCAACCUCUUACCCAUCUCAAUGGCACAUCCCAGGAAUCACCACAAAAACAGGAAGAGCCUGGGGGCCAUCUGAAUCCUGUUUGUUCCUAUUUAUAUGGGCCCUGUUUUCUUUAAGUUAGCUAGGCCCCAAAGAUGGAAGAUGAAAGCUGAAGGUUUUAGGAAAAGUAGAAAUGAAAAGGGCAGGGGUUCUAAGCCCUCCUUUUAAAAUUGUUUAUUUUUUUCUCCUCCUGUAAUUCUUGGGGAGAGGGUUAAGAGUGAGGAUAGAACAAAGAAGGUGCCAUAUAAAUGAGAAAUGGACCACCUAAGAGGAGUGAAACAAUACUUUCCACCAGAGGAACGAGGGAGCCAAAUGCAGCACAUUGUUGUUUCAUUAUCUUGCUUUAAUAAUUUUGAGAUCUCUUCACUCACACACAAAAAGAUAAGAACUGGUUUUAUUUACUGUUGAUUUUUUUCCCUCCUGUGGAUGAAAUAACUGAAGCCUAGAGGAAUGAACUAGUGCUACUGAACUGUUUAAAUUAUUUUUAUGUUAAUAGUACACUUUGAGUAUCUUUUUCCACGUUUAAAAAAAAAAUCUGAAUUAUAAAUGUUUUCCUUACAUUAUUUAACAAUGUACACUGUUUAAAAGAAAAAAAAAAAAAAAUUAAUUCAAACCUUGGGGGUUUCUCAGCGGCCGUUAAUUGUACAUUUUGCACUAACUCUGGGUGUUGCGCUUCUUGUAAGAUUGCGCUUUGUGCUUCAGUUUGUUACCUUUGUAGACUUAUUUAAUGAAACCAUUCAAAUAAACCAAACUUGCUUUUGUUGAGCUGUGUGGUUUCAUUUCCAGCAAAUUCCUUUUGCAUGUCCUCGCUGGCCGUAUUUUGAGAUGUAUGCAAUUUAUAACUGGACUCCUAAUUCCCAGAACCUUUUUUAAGCACCAAUUCUGCUCUGAACUAAGAUUAUGCUACAGACAAGAGAAUGAUAUUUUUCCUGAGGAAAAAGCAGUAUGGACAUAAAAAUCAAAAGAUAAAUACUAACCAAAUCCAUGCAACAACAGAUAAGGUGAAAGCUUUUAGAAGGAGAGGAAACUGGAGGAAGCUGCUCCUCUUCGUAUUCCAAAAGAAGACUGCAAAUGGUAGACUUCCUCACCUCAAGUUCACAGCUAACCACAAAUGGGUCUGUGAUCCGAAAAAAAAAUACUGCUUUAAGGUUAGAUAAAAUGUACGACCCAAAAUGCACCUAAAAGGUAAAACUGCAAAGUCAUCAUUUGGGGAAGGAACUCUUAAACAUCAUGAAAAACCAGUUUAUGUUAAGGUGAGCUAUAUAGCUCAUGUCAGAACUGAGAAAAUAUAGUCAGCUACUAUAUUUUCUACUACAAAGCAAAGGAUUUCUUGGACUUUCUUAAAAUGCCUUUUCCUUGAUCUUAGAUCGUUAUUCCCUUGAUCUUAUAAAAAAUGUUGCUCUUGAAAGAAUGCAGGGCAGGGAUUUCAUUAACCUAAAAAUGGGAGAUCAGCUUAGAUGGGUAGUAAAGUACCACCGUAGCCUUUGUUCUUAGCAUACUCAGUACUCAUGGGGGAACAUUAAGGGAAAGAAGGCAGAUAAGACAAUAAUUUAACACAGGCAAUUAUUAAAGCUAGUGCUUAGUAUGGCCCAUAUUGCUUGAGGGCAGGCAGUCAUCGGUGAUUCCUAAAAUUUCUAUCUUUAUUAACAUAAUAGCUUAGGAAUAAAUAAUGAAAAGCCUCAUGCCAAAGAAAAGGUAUUCUAUCCUGUCCAGAGCCUGCCCGCUGCAGUGUAUGACAAGCUUUUUUACACUGUUGGUUCUGUAAUUGCUCAGCUCUAUCUGCCGUAGGCUCCAACAGUCAAAUCCUCUUCUAGAUAAAGUUCAGAAGGAAGCAAGGUAAAUCCUUGGAAAUAAAGCUCAUUCCCUAGGAAUGAUGAACAAUUUCAUGACCAAAAAGUAGGUUUCCAAAGUCCCUUUAUGACAGAGUCCAGUGAUGUGACUUGAGACUCUGCUAAAUUGGAUCCAAUUUCCUUUUCUUCAUGUCCUGGCUCUUCCUAUAAGACUCAAAGUCUCCUGUGGAAGAUAAAGUGGUUAGAAUAUAGCUGCUAUGAUCUUAAAAUAAGGACUAAACUGAUGGUAAUUUCUGAUUUGGAUUAACUAUCCUAACUUUGAAUAAAGACCCAGGAAUGGAAAUUUGAGUUACUGUUAUGAGGGCAAAUCCCUUUGUUAACCCUGGACCAAGUGACAACCCUAGUCCUGAUGGACUUCCUUUCAGUAGCUAAAGCCCCUGAGGCGGUCACAGGUGAGCUGCUGCUACUACCAAGAGCUAGAAGAACUGCAUCUGAAGUCAGGGCCCCAAAGGAGAAGUUGUGGCUCUUCAAUCACUCAUCUUCCGUUUACUCAACACUGCUUACUCCCCCGGAGCGAUUCCAUCCAAGUCCUCAAAAGUGAACUGUCAUCCUUCCUUUAACAUUCACAGAAUUAAACCCAGGACCUUCCUUCCAUUUUUGUUCCUAACCACUUUUCUCGCUGCUACACCUGUUACAUGUUGCUCCGUGUGAGUCUGUGGCUCCUGGAGGCAAAGUAUUUGUGGAGUUCUGUUCCGGGUCACCACAUGGUUCUUCAAGGCUGGUGUGGUCUGGGGUGGUUCUGGGUUAGGCAGGGGCUCCAUAAUGUCCCCUAAAUCUGGAGUCAAAUCCCACAUUUCAAGGUUGUCUGCAAGGAUACAGAUGACAGAAAAACACAGCAUCAACAAAUACAGAAGAGUUCUCACAUAAAGCCACAGAAAAAUUGGUCCUAAGAAAUUCCAUGCCUUGAGCUUCCUAUGAUUUUCAAAUUUCUCUCUCUUCUAUCCCUGAAAGCACACUGAAGCUUCCCUAGGAUAGGACAAUCAAGGAGCAGAAGACAUGCUAUCACUAAAUCUGUUUUAGAUCUUCUUCCUAUUUUUCUAAACCUCAUAGGGCUAUAAAACAGAUCAAAAAUGGGAUUUUUAUGCCGCUUUUAAAAUGCAUUCUGUGACUACUACAAGCAUACAGCACAGUGGCUUACAAGCAUUUCAUAGGUUUUUACAGGUCAAUAUUUAAAUCAUUCUGUUAGCCCCUACGGACCUGCAAGGGAGUCUCUCUCAGCGAAUGGUUCUGGCGCAGCAGUUACAGGAGUGCUGUGCUUCAAAGGAGGGGCCGGCAGCGCUGCUACAGCAUACACAAGAGAGAAAGGACAAAUUGCAGAAUCACAUCGCUAAAUGUAAUUAAGAGAUUAUGUCUGCUUGCCUCUGGUUAGAAGAGCCUUUUCUCACCAACAUAGUAAAAAUCAGAAAAGUUUAUUUCUCCUUUAGCAGCAAAAGCAGAAGUCGUCUGCUCCAGUAGCUGGCUGGCUUUUUUAAGCUAUAUCCUUGUUCAAAACAAAAUCUUAACUAGAAAUUCAAUAUGUAAAACCAUAAAAACAAUGGGCAAAUGGUCUAAUAAGAGAUGGGGAAAAGUUCUGAAAGACAACCUCCACCCUCCGCACCUCCCAGGGCUUCUGCGAUGGUGUAGAAGCUAAGGAUCUAGAAUGACAUUAUGAAGAACAUCCCCAGGACAAUAAGUUUUUCUCCACAUUAAUUUCAGUUUAUCAGUGCCGAGGGGAAUAUUAAUGAACCAAACACACAGCAAGUGCUCCAUGAAUCUUCGUAGCGCUUAGGGAGAAGCGGAGCAAAUGCUCAGGUGGUCUGCAACAAACCCUGUCUCUGUGUACACUCUGAGCAAGACCCCGAAAAAUUAUGUAUCUAAUAUUCCUCCUGAAUUUGAAUUCAAAUAAAGUUAUGGACAAAUCAUCUGCCAAAAGCCCGUCCGUCAACUCCAAACCCAAUUGCACCUUAUAUUUAAAGACAGCUCAGAAACAAAAGGCAGAAAUAGCCAAAGUAUCUGAAGCAAAAAAAGUUCUGUACCCUGAAAUUUCUAAUUCCAGAAGAUUAUGUGAAAGCCCAUUUCCUCCCCAACAAAAGAUCAGUAGCUUUAAGAAGUGGGAAAAUGCAUGAGAACAUUUCACUAUUGUAAUGGGUUCUUCUAUCCUCUGUGUAAUCCGAGAAGUCCUUGGUGAGUUCUAGUUUGGACCCAGCCACAGUGUUGCUGGCAGAGGAGCAUGCUACCCCAUGGGCUAGCCUUCUACCUUCAGAGUGCACCUCCCCAGGGCCUCUGCUCCCAUCCUCACACACCCUGACUCUUCUUUUCAACUGAUAGAGCAGAUAUUUGACCUUGCUGCUGUUUCUCCAUUUGCUCCCGGAACUGCUGUUGCAACUGCUUUUGCCGGAGCUUCCGCUGGUAUGUGGCCUCACUCUCCACAUCAGAAGAGGACGCGCUUCUGCAUCAGAGGGGACAAAGGUGCGGUGAGCUCCUGAAGAGGCACACAAACCCACCUGCUGGCUCUGAAGGCAGAAACAGAGGCAACCUAGACCACAUGAGGAGGGGCAGAAGAGGAAAGGAAGAGAACUGAGACCCCCUACCGGGAGCUGCUGUCCUUAGCCCCCUGUAUCACCACGUGGGGGUCAUCUGAGUGGCCUGGUCUGCAAGGGGAGGUCACCUCCUGUGGCUUUGGGGGUACCAGAGCCAUGUUUUGUUGGCAGCUGCUAUAUCUCGCCUGUUCCACGGAUGGUUCAAAAUCUUGUCUCUUUGCUUUAGUUAAAUCCACUUCAGGAGGCAUCUAACAAAAGGAAAAAAAAAAAAACUUUCUCCAACUGCUCUUCUCCUUCCUUUCUUUUCCUCUUACAGAUCUAGAUUCUAGACUUCUGGAAAAUGGCAUUUGACAAUCCUCUAUUCAUCACUCCUUCUAGGUCCUGGGAAGUUGAGACAAAGGAUCCACAACUCCCAAGUAAUAUUUUUAAUUAUAUGAGAAGUCAAACAAUUUUAUUUACUACUUAUACCCUUAAUAAAGUUUUGACAAAAAGGAAUCUUUCUUGGGUUUUGACUCAGGGCAAGUGAUCUAUCUAAUGUGAUUUGAAUCCUUCCUUGGUAGCUAAAUGUGUCUGAUGCUGUCUUCCUUCUUAUCCCUUGUUUCAUGAAAAUGAUCAGGCAUAGUCUUUGUGAAGGCCCUUCCUGCCAGGACUACCUGCCCCCUGCAAAUACAACACUCAUCACUGAGGAGUCUCAGGUACGCUGUGGCACAAGUAAGUGUCCUUAAAAUGACAGGAAGAAGAAAACUUAGAAAGCACUGACAGGCUGUCAGCCAACGCUGAGGGAACCUGCCAAUUUGGGGUAGUUCCUGCAUCUCACCAAUAUGAGAGAUAAGGAUUGCCUACUUCAUGGCAUAUGGCAAAUGGUUUUACUUUGAGCACUACAGAAACCCAGAGGUGUCUUACCUGGGAGAGCUUCUUCCUCAAUUCGUAAUAUUGAUGCUGUUAAAAUAACUGUUUGAAUAUGAAGAACUGAGAUGACUAAAUUUUGAUAAAGAUAACCCAAAAAUUAAAGCGUGGGUUUCUUAUUUACACUGAAAAGUAAACGAGUAGGUUAAAAGAAAUGGAGAUUUGAAAUUUUUUUUUUAAACACUGACUAAGCCAAGAGCUCUGGGGGAUAUGGAACAAUUAGAGCUCUCAAACACUGCUGUGUGGGAGUGUAAAUUAGGACAAACACUGGGAAACUGGAAGAAUCUACUGAAACUAAGCAUACCCCUAUACUGUGGCCCAGUAAUUCCCAAGAUAAAUGACAUGUACAAGAAUGUUAAUAGCAGCUCUAUACACAACAGCCAAAAGCCGGAAAAAAGCCAAAUAAAUGUCUAUUAAAGACAGGAUGGAAAAUAAAUCAUGACAUAUUCAUGCAAUAGGCAAUUACACAGCAAUGAAAAGGCUGCACGAAUCAUGAAUCUCACAAGCAUGCUGAAUGAGAGCCAGACACAAAAGAACUAAUCUAUGUUGUCAGAGGUGGCUUUCCUUGGUAGUGGCUGCAAGGGACACAGAAAGACUUCUUGGACACUGGAAUAUUCUGAUUCUUGGUCUGGAUUCUGGUUACGUGGCUGUGUUUGGUUUUGAAAUUCAUCAAGCUGAUUCUUGGCUCAAGUAGACACCUGAGACUAUGCGGACAACUCCUGUCUGGAGGCAAGAUGAGAAGGCAGACGGGGACAGGAGCUGGUCGAAUGGACACAGGGCAUACAGUAUAGAGAGAGGGAGUGUGCUGUCUCAUUAAGGGGAGAACAGCUAGGCGUACACAGCAAGGUGUGUAUAACUUUUUGUAUGAGAGACUGCCUUGAUUUGUAAACUUUCACUUGAAGCACGAUAAACAAAUUUUUAUAAAAGAGAAAAAAAAUUCAAGCUGAACAUUUAUGGUAUGUGUACACAUCUGCAUGUCUUCAUGCUCUUUUUAAUACUUAAAUAUGUUUAAAGUACAAACAGUACAAUUUCAUUUAUAUGAAGUUCAGAAACAGAAAAAUGUAUCAGGCUAGAAGUCAGAAUAGAGAAGUUAGGGUAGUGGUUACUUUUGAAAAAGCCAGGAUAGUGAUUGGAUGGGGCAAAGCGGGGCUCCUAGGGUGCUGGCAAUGUUGUUUCCUUAUCUGGGAGGUAAACAGCUAUGUUCACUUACGAAAAUUUAUCUGGCUGUGCUGUUAGGAUUUGUACAGUUUUCUGAGUGUAUGUUGUAAUUCGUUUUAAGAGUUCAUUAAAAGAAAAAAAAAGAUAUAGAGUUUUUGCAGAUGCCAACUGACGCACACCACUACUGGGGGCUCCACAAGAAAAAGAAUCCCCCAGAUAUAGGAUGGGGGAUGCUGUCACAGGCAGCAGCACUGCAGAGAUCUCCAAGAACGCCACAGAGGAAGCAGCCACACUCUACCAGGCAGCAGAACACUACAGAGCCCAGCUGAGCCAGGCCAGGUGUGACUACAGGGAUGCUCAACUCCAGAUGCCACUCUCCAAAGGCAGAUCAUGUGAGAGGCACUGACAGACACAAGGGACAGCUAAACCUUAAAGACACAAGAGCUAAAAGGAAAAGCAAGAAGGUUUGAACAGGUGAGGUUCUGAGCGUUGCCAAGAAAUCACAGGGUGCUGUGGAGGGCU